AGCUAGUGAGUUUAAGUUGGCAGAUCAUUUAUUUUCUUAACGAGAGCUGUUUGAACCAAUCAAGGAACAAAUUAUCUUAUUAUACCAGUCAGACCUCAUGUUACUUUUGAUAAGAUUCUAGAGAAGUCAUGUGUAAUACUUUUCUGUGGGGUGGAGUCUGCUUAUGUUACGGUUGUACAAGGUCAGACCUUAAUUUAACUCCCAACUACAUACUUAAUUUUAGAAAUACCACAAGACGCACCAGCGUGCAGGGUACUAUUCCUGUCUGUUCAAAAUACAGGCCCCAGAGUAACAAUGACAAGAUGAUGGGUUGAAAAGCUCAAUCUUUCAUAUAAGAUGAUGGAAGGAAAUGAGGACUCUAUUGAAGACCAUCUCACUGCUUAUGCAAUUCAACUUAGUAUUCAAGAAUCAGUUGAAGCCAGUCAACCACCAACUUCCCAUUACCAUGACAGAUUUGUACCACCCAGUGAUCAAAAUAGGAAACUUAUAGCAGCCAUAAGACAAGGCCAAGUAUUUGAUCUUCAGAGCUAUGUGAAACAUAAAUAUGCUUUGGAUGAAGCUGAUGAAAGAGGCUGGUUCCCACUUCAUGAGGCUGCAGCUCAGCCAAUUCAGCAAAUACUUGAAAUCAUUCUGGAUGCAUCUUAUAAAUCAAUGUGGGAAUACAAAACAUGUGAUGGAGAAACACCGUUAACUUUGGCAGCAAAAGCUGGUUUUGUGGAAAAUGUAAGAACAUUAUUGGAAAAGGGUGUUUGGCCUAAUACCACAAACAAUAAAGGAGAAACUCCUCUUCUCAUUGCUGUGAGACGGGGCUCUUACGAAAUGGUAUUGGCUCUGAUUAAAUACAACUGUCAUAUCCACCAGCCAUGUGUAAAACGCUGGUCAGCAAUGCAUGAAGCUGCAAAACAAGGCUGCAAAGAGAUUAUUUCUCUGCUUCUGAAGAAUGGAGGAAAUGUGCACCUGAAAGAUGGUUAUGGGGUAACGCCAUUAGGAGUUGCUGCUGAAUAUGGACACUGUGAUGUGCUGGAGCAUCUUAUUCAUAAAGGUGGUGAUGUUCAUGCUUUAGCAGAUGAUGGUGCAUCAGUACUGUUUGAAGCAGCUGGAGGAGGUAAUCCAGACUGUGUAGCUCUUCUUUUGGAAUAUGGAGGAAGUGGUAAUGUGCCUAAUAGGGCAGGACAGCUCCCUAUACACAGAGCAGCCUAUGAAGGACAUUAUUUGUCACUGAAAUAUCUAAUUCCAGUUACAUCCAAGACUGCAAUCCAGAGAAGUGGGUUAAGCCCCAUUCACUCAGCAGCAGAUGGCCAGAAUGUGCAGUGUCUAGAGCUCCUCAUUGAAAAUGAUUUUGAUGUCAAUACUCUUCUGGCUGAACACAUUUCUGAAAACUACGAUGAUGAAAGGAAAACGGCACUCUAUUUUGCUGUUUCUAACAAUGACAUUCUCUGCACAGAAGUGUUACUCAAAGCUGGUGCAGACCCAAACAAAGAUCCUCUAAAUUGUCUUCUUGUAGCAGUGAGAGCUGGUAACCAUGAAAUUGUACGAUUGCUUCUGUCCUAUGGAGCAAAUGUCAAUUGCUACUUCAUGCUCGUGAAUGACACCCAUUUCCCCAGUGCCAUUCAGUAUGCUUUGAAUGAUGAGGUAAUGCUAAGGCUGUUGUUGAAUCAUGGAUAUAAUGCAGAGAGGUGUUUUGAUUGUAUGCAUGACGACAUCUUUGGAAGUUCUUUUGUGUGGUCACUUCCAGAAGAGGAGGUAUUACCAGGAUGGACAUCUUGUGUAAUAAAAGAUACUCCAUUCUGUGCCUUUAUUACAGUUCCUUGGUUGAAACAUUUAGUUGGACAUGUGAUUCGCAUUUUGAUAGACUAUAUGGAUUAUGUUCCUUUGUGCUCAAAACUAAAGUGUGUCCUAGAAGCACAGAAAGAAUGGCCAGAGAUACAUCAGAUAUUAGAGAAUCCUCGCCCAUUAAAACAUUUGUGCCGCCUGAAAAUACGUAAACUGAUGGGACUAAGAAGACUAUGGAGACAAGCAGCAAUGGCGAAGCUUCCUCUUCCACCAGUUCUAAAGGACUAUAUCCUAUAUAAAGAAUAUGAUCUUUAUGGAAAGGGGCUAAAUUUAGCUUAGAUUUAAAACAGUCAUUUAAAACUUGUAAAUUAAUUCUUUAGAAUUUUUUUGCUAGAUUGAGAAUUAUUUAAUAUUGUUCUAUGUACUCAAAACAUGUGAUAUUUGCUAUAAAUAGGCUUUUUAUGGGAACCCUUUUAAAAAAAGUGGUCUGUAAAACUCAAUUUGUUUUUUCUGUUUUUACUUAACAUCGUGUCUUGAUAUUCUAAGAGCAUGGAGAAGGAGGUGACAGCCAUUGUGCAACCCAAAACCUCCAGGAUUGGCUUUUAAGUGAGUAAUAUGUACACGUCAACCUGGAAAAAAAGUGUUGUUAACGUCUGCUACGAGUAGAGUUUUCUUAGUGGGUUCUCUGUUGAAGAUGAUAAAAAAGAUCAUGUUUAAAAUACUGAUUUAUUUUAAAAAGCGUACAUGUGGAAGUUAGAAGUAUGAUGAAAAUAAAAAUGUUCUGUUUCAUGUGUAUGAUAAGGUUUGACUCCAGCCACCUUUCAUGUGUUUGGCUUGAAAUGUGAUAUUUUGUACAUUUGAAAUUGUGGUCCUACUGUAAAGUGCUCGAAAAGUAAUAAAACAGUUCUCUUUUAUUUAGAUGUAAAGAAGUCAAGCACAGUAAUCAUCCUUUAAAUCAUGCUGUAGAGCUUCAGGGGAAGGAUAUUAUGGCUUAGCCUUCUAUGGCUUUGGUGUUCUUUGGCAACAGUUGUGCUUGUCAGUGAAGUUCACUGUUAAGUCAGACAGCCACCCAAAAUAUCGCAAGCCCAGAGUUGUGCCUUUUGCUCAAAAGCCUCUGGUAGAAAUUGAUUUGGACUGUUUAGUGAACAUUGGAGUCUUGUCACCAGUUUCACACAGUGAGUGGGCUACACCCAUCGUACUAAUGAUCAAGAAGGAUGGCUCAGUUUGAAUUUGUGGUGAUUUCAAAGUGACAUUGAAUCCAACUUUAUGUGCAGACCAGUUUGACCACUACCUCGUAUUGAAGAUUUGUUUGCUAAUCUUAGUGGUGGACAGUGUUUCAAUAAAUUGGAUUUGUUCAAUGCAUACCUACAAAUGGAGAUUGAUCUGGCAUCUCAGAAAUAUAUCUCAAGCAACAUGCAAAAAGGCUUAUUUUGUUACAACAGGUUGCCUUUUGGUAUCAUGUCGGUACCUGCCCUGUUCCAGAAAGCCAUGGAUGAGAUUGUGAAGGGACUGAAUGGAGUUCAAAGUGCUAUUUGGAUGACAUCCUUGUUACAGGUGUAACCCUUCUGCCCCUCUGAGUUGGCAGCAACAAGGGCCGGGUUCAGUAUCCAGGGGUUCCGUUUCAAUAACACAAUGCAUAACCGGCUCAAACCCCCACCCAGUGACCUGGGACACUUACAUACCACCCUCUGCCCCCAGGCGCCUCUAGGAGGCAAUACUUCCCCACUCACAAGCACGGACUCUGAGUGUAGCAAAAUCCUUUUAAUAAAGGAGAGAAACAAUGUGGCAUCAUAUUGGAGAAAUACCACAAACAGGAUUAUAACACAAACCGUAAGCAAAAAACCCCCCAUCCAAGUACGUCUGGCAAUGUCCUUUCCCCCUUAGGGUCUUAAGUCCAAUCACCCCAAAGUCCAACAACCCGAAAGUUUCUGGUAAGUGCCACCCCAGAGUUCAAAAGUUUAUCUGCAGAGUUUUACCCCCCCCCCCCCGCAGCUUGGGUGGAAAUGAGGGGAGGGGAAGCCGACACAGGGUGUGGGGCACCUUAUGUGGGCCAGGGCCAACUGCUCUGCCUCUCCGUGGAGUUCUGCUGCAGCCUUCACCACGACCAGCUCCACUACACCAGCUGUGCCGCUCCUCCAGCCGACCCAUGAGUCACUCCAGCCGUCCCUGCAAACCACUCCACUCCACUCACUGUUCCAUGGGCUGCUCCAACAUGCUGCAAACUGCUCUGCUCUGCCAGCCGCUUAGUGAUAGGUCUUCAGGCUCCCCCACUGGUUAACACAGCACUCAGUGAUUUCAGCUCUUAGUACAGGAGCCCUGGUGCUGGUGCACCAUUGGCCCAACAUGAAUUCAGCUCAGGAGUCUCUAAAUGGAGUCCUAAUGGAAUCAAAAUUAGCUCUACUCUUUAACAGUGGAGAGAGGAGGAUGUGCAAUUGGUGUUCCAGACCCUCAAAAGGGGCCCAUACCAUCAGGUACACACACCAGUCUCCAACCUCUCUUAAUUCACUGGGUUUUGGAACCCAUGUCCCUUGUCUAGCAAGUGUCACUUAAUUUAGGUUGAGUCAUUUCUGUCAUAAAGCAGUCUCAUAGUUCCUCAUUCACAUAAUUAGGGUGACAGCACUUUUUUUUCCUCCUCCGCCAAUAACAAAGAAAUUGAGGAUCCCAGCUGUCAAAAUAACCAUCCCAGGCUGCCGUGGGCUCAUGCUAGAUGGGGUGGGUGUGCCAAUGCAAAUACUUGAAAUUCCUUUCCACACUCCCUAAGAUUCUUUCCACACUCCCCAUAAUUCACCAGCAGAUGUCAGGGUAGAGCUCAUCCUGACUCUGCUUACACAGGAAAGGAUCAAGAGGAUCAUUGUCAGAAUUUGGAUGCUGUCUUGUAAGGUUUGGAAAAUGAUGGACUGAGAAGACAUCAAGACAACUGUGAGUUUUUCACACCUUCAGUUGGAUACCUUGGACAUACAAUUGAUGUCAAAGGCUUAAGGAAAUUGCCAGAAAAAGAGAAGGCAGUUCUUCAAGUGCCCCAGCCAGAGAACAUGUCAUGGUUACACUCAUUCUUAGGACUACUUAACUCUUAUGGUAAAUGUCUGACUAAUCUGGCAACAGUAUUGGCCUUACAUGACCUGUUACAAGCAAAGAAAAAAUGGAAAUGGACUGAAGAGUGUAAGCAUGCAUUUAAGUAAGCAAAGAAAUUAUUGAUGUGAGUGAAAGUUCUUAUGGACUUUGAUGUUUUGUUGCCACUGCUACUGGCUUGUGAUGCUUCACAGUAUAGGGUGACCAGACAGCAAGUGUGAAAAAUCAGGCCAAAGGUGGGAGGUAACAGGAGCCUAUAUAUAAAAAAGACCCAAAAAUCAGGACUGUCCCUAUAAAAUCGGGACAUCUGGUCACCCUAUCACAGUAUGAAGUGGGUGCAAUUCCUUCUCACUUUCUUCCUGAUAGCAUGGAGAAACCAAUUGCCUUCACUUCACAAACAACUUAUUACACCUGAGAAGAAAUAUAUGUAAACAGAGCGAGAAUUUCUCAGCAUUAUCUUCGGAAUUCAGAAGUUCCAUACCUAUCUGUAUGAUAGACAUUUUAGCUUGCUGAUGGCUCAAUGGAUGUUACUUUCAGUUUUUGGAUGGAAACAUAGAAUUCUGUCAUUAGCUGCUGCUCAUAUGCAACAAGGGGCAUUGCUACUUUCAGCUCUUUCCUAUACUCUUCAAUUCAGUAAAGGAAUUCAGCAUGGCAAUGCGGAUGGGCUGUGAUGACUGCCAUGACUGCAUUGCUAUCAACCCAAAGAAACUUCAGAUGAAGUGUUUUAUCUCAAUUUGAUGGAUAGGUUACUCAUCAUUAGCACAGAUAUCAACAAAGAAACCACUAAGGAUGAUGUGCCUUCUCUUGUGAAGGAAGUGGUUCUACAAGGUAGUGUUGGAUCAAAAAAAUUCCCAAUGUGUGCAAUUCAUGUCAUGUCAAUGUGAAUUGUCUGUGAAUCACAGUUGCAUAUAUUGAAGAGUGCAUGCGAUCAUUCCAGGAUCACUCUAAUCUCAGGUUUUGAAAGCUCUUCAAAAGAACAUUUUGGCAUUGUGUGGAUGAUGGUCAUAACCCGGAGUCAUGUCUAUAGCUGGGGAUUGACAAUGAUAUUGAGAGAAAGGCAAAGUGCUGUAUUGUGUCAACAAAUUCAACAUAAUCCUGGACCAUCUUAUCUGCACCCUUGGUCAUGGCCUCAGACUUCUUGGACAUGUAUUCACGUGGACUUUUCCAGACCUUUGGAAGGUUAUAUGGUUCGGGUUGUAGUCAGCACCUAUUUGAAAUGGCCAGAAAUUUUCAGGAUGACUUCUACUACAGUUACCAAGACCAUUAGACAUAUUCAUACCUUGUUUAGCUAAUUUAGUUUACUGUUACAGUUGGUGAGUAACAAUGGACCUCAAUUCUGUUCUGAAAAAUUUCAAGGUUCCUAGCUUCAAAUGAAAUUCAGCACAAACAGUCUGUUCCAUACUACUCAGCUAAAAAUGGACUAGCAGAACAUUUAGCUUUGUACAAACACUUAAGCAUGCCUUAAGAGCCAACUAGUUACUAGUCUAUUUUGAGUCAUCAACAGAAACUGCACAGAAACAGAAAUUUGUUUUGCUUUUCUGCAGGAACACAACACAUGUUACGACCCAGGAGUCACCUGCAACUCUUUUCUUUAAGCAGUCUUUGCAUACCCUUUGGGACCUGCUCCAUCCUGAUGUUGUCUUACAUAUAGCCAAAUCCCAAGCUAUGCAAACUAAUUGAUGAUGUGAGACUUGUGAUUGUGCUUUUCAAGUAGGAUAUUUAACGUAGACUUGCAACUAUGACCGUGGAGGGAAAUGGGUACUUGGAGAACUUGUAAAAUGCACCGAACCUCUUUUGUUUGUGAUAAAACUAUCUGAUAGUAUUUUUUAGAAAUAACGUAUGACCAGUUGUAAUCUUGACAAGUACCAGAGUCCAGGGAUGUUCCAGUAGGACUUUCUGUUUCUCAGAUCAAACCUCCUUCUGUUAAAACUCCUAAUUUUGAUGACUUGAUGAAAGAAACUUUGGUAUUAGAUCCAAUUGAUUUCUUACCCCCAACUGUUCCUGCUCUUCAGGGAAUUGCCACACCACCAUCACCAUGUUAUCCCAAGAGAGUGAGAAAACCAGUUGUGUGCCUGAAUUUAUAUGUUGUUCAGUUAGUGAGUUGCUAUUCCAGGGGGCCAUGGUAUAAUUCCCCACUCUGAACCUUAGUGUCCAAAAGAUGGGGUACUAGCUUGAAUUCCUCUAAGCUCAAUUACCAGCUUAGUACUUGUAGCGCUGCCACCAACCAGGAAUUCCAGUGCCUGGUACACUCUGGUCCCCCCAAAACCUUGCCCAGGGACCCCCAAGACCCAGUCCCUCUGGAUCUUAACACAAGGAAAGUAAACCCUUUCCCUCA